AUGAAGGCAGCUCCAUUGCUCGUGUCCUGGCACAACGACAACGCCGCCAUCUACUCUGCCCACUUUGAGCCGCACGGAAAGGGCCGCCUGGCGACUGCAGGCGGCGACAACAAUGUCAGACUCUGGAAGAUCGAAGGCGCCGGCGAGGACAGAAAGGUCGUCUACCUCUCGACCCUCGUAAAACACACCCAGGCCGUCAACGUUGUCAGAUGGUGCCCCAGAGGCGAGCUUCUCGGCAGCGCCGGCGACGACGGAAAUGUCUUACUUUGGGUUCCUUCGGAGACGCAGACGCACGGCACAUUCGGCGAGGAGGGAUUGGAGGAUAAGGAGACAUGGCGUGUCAAGCACAUGUGCCGCUCGCUGGGCUCCGAAAUCUACGACAUGGCCUGGUCGCCCGACGGUGCCUUUUUCAUAACCGGCAGCAUGGACAACAUUGCGCGCAUAUACAAUGCUCAGACGGGUCAGAUAGUACGGCAGAUUGCCGAACACAGCCACUACGUACAAGGCGUUGCCUGGGAUCCGCUCAACGAAUUCGUCGCGACGCAGUCCUCCGACCGCUCCGUACACAUCUACACUCUCAAGACCAAGGAUGGGCAAUUCUCUCUGGCUCAACACAGCAAGGUCACAAAGAUGGAUCUGCCAGCUCGCAGGAUAUCCUCCAGCAGCCCCGCGCCCCCAGAUCUGUCAAAUCGAGCAUCUUUCGUGGGAGAUAGUCCGGCGGUGGGCUCAGGCUCUCCUGGUCCUUCUGCGCCUGGGACUCCUGCUUCGCUGGCUCUUCCAAUGAACCCACCUACUACUCACAGCCGCCGGUCGUCUUUUGGGUCAUCGCCAUCUAUGCGCCGAUCCGUGUCUCCGGCGCCCUCUUCCAUGCCUCUGCCAGCCGUAAUGCCUUCAACAUCCCCUCACAUGUCUGCUCUUGGCGCGCGAAAUACCAACAUUUACGCGAACGAGACGUUGACGUCGUUCUUCAGACGUCUUACGUUUGCUCCGGACGGCAGUUUGCUCUUCACGCCUGCGGGUCAAUACAAGACAUCGCAUCCCGUGACAUCAGACGCGGCGAGGAGCGCGGACGACAUUAUCAACACGGUCUACAUCUACACGCGGGCCGGCCUUAACAAGCCUCCGAUUGCGUAUCUGCCCGGCCACAAGAAACCGUCCGUCGCAGUGAGAUGUGCUCCAGUGUAUUACACCCUCCGCCAGACAGCGCCUGUCACAAAACAGAUUACCAUCGACACGGCGUCAGCGGAAGACGAGAUUCUCGCUUUACCGGAGCCGGUAAUGCAGUCCAAGAUGCCCCCAUCAAAUUCUUCCAUGGACCCGCCUCCAAUUACAAGUGCUCCGUCGCCUUCGCAGAGUGCAGCUUCGCCCAGGCCGGACUCGGAAAGUAGAAGAUCGGCAUCACCUUUCCCGUCUGGUCCCCCUGUUGCCUUUAAUCUCCCGUAUCGCAUGGUGUAUGCUGUUGCUACUCAAGACGCUGUUCACAUCUAUGACACGCAGCAACAGAAGCCACUGUGCAUUGUGAGCAAUCUGCACUUUGCUACAUUUACUGAUCUUGCUUGGUCCAAUGACGGUCUCACUCUCCUUAUGACUUCUUCGGAUGGCUUCUGUUCUUGCUUGACCUUUGCAGCGGGCGAACUUGGCCAGGUUCAUCCUGGCCCUGCCCCCCCAAAGCAACAACCUACCAGCAUCAACACAACCACCACGCCGUCGACCCAGUCCACACCUACUCCAACUCCCACUCAAGCUACCAUGCCCACGCAUGCCAGGCAGUCCUCUACCUCUUCGAACAAGGAGUCAAAUAACGGCACUGGAAGCAACAACACGUUCCCGGCAUCUCCAUCAUCCUUCGCCCCGGCUCCCGGUCCAGUCCGCCCAGCCAGUCCCGCACGCUCCAUGUCCACGUCGUCGAUCGCAUCAUCCUUCGCCCCAGGCCCCGACCCUACUGUUCCGCUCAACAACCAAAUCCCGACCGUCAGUGCCGUGCCCAGCGUGGCCGCAGCGAACAGUGCGGUUCCGAUGUGGACACCUCCGCACACGCCGAUGCCGGGCAACCAGAGCGCGGCGAGCAGCGUCAACGGAGCGGCACCGGGCGCGCGGAGGGAAAGCGAGAGCGAGGCGGAGAAGGAGAAAGACAGCAAGAAGCGGGAGGGUGAAGAGGGCGCGGAUGGAGCCAAACAGCCUGAGCCGAAGAGACGGCGGAUCCAGCCUACGCUUGUGAGGAGCAUUGAGGGGGGUGAUGUGGGGGGACCACCGCCUCCGCCUCCACCAUCGGCGGGUAUGUCGUAA